AUGUCUAGCAAAGCGACUCUAGCCUUACUCAUCUAUGGAAUCAUAAUGCACUACAGCGUCAACUGCUCACCUGUGGGGCUUAGCUUCCCCACUGUUAGACUUGACAGUGAGGUUUAUGAUGAGGAUGGAAAUUCUUUACCGUCCCUGGAUUAUGACAGAGACCAAAUGGAUGUGAGAAACCCUCCGUCUGUCGAUGGCGACGUCUACACUUUGUAUUACCCUCCAGACAAAAGAACGGAAAGGCACGCAGACGGCAUGUUUAAUAAAGCCUACAGGAAAGCGCUGGGUCAGAUAUCAGCAAGGAAAUAUCUGCAAUCUCAGAUGGCAAAACGUGUAGGCGGGGGGAAAGCGCUGGAGGACAGCUCAGAGCCCCUGUCCAAGCGACACUCAGACGGGAUCUUCACAGACAGCUACAGCCGCUACCGAAAGCAAAUGGCAGUGAAGAAAUACCUGGCGGCCGUCCUGGGGAAAAGCCUUGAAGACAUAGGUUUUCACCGUAUCCUACAAGACAUAGACUUUGACGCCCUCCCGGACGGGGAUGAGUUUGAGGCUUUUUUGGGGGACUGGCUGAAACAGUUCUCCCCCGAAUUUCCGGCUUUGUGACGCAGGAAGCAGUUUGCGGCUGUGGUGCCUUGCAUCGACUUUAAAAAUCGCC